GAAUCCCGUUCGCAUAAUUUUCUACCUUCAGUCGUGCGAUAUUCGUCGGUUAAGAGCGAGGUUAAGCGAUGUCCGAAACUACACCGGUGCCCAUAAUGGCAAUGGAACCAACCUCCAUGGUUUCCUCGGAAAUUCUGCCCCCGGAGUGGGACGCACCGGAUGCGACAAGUGGGUCGUUCGAUCUGAAUCACGAUAGAGGUGUUCCCUCGGCUACCGGGUCUUUUGUGCUGACCGAAGAGGUUCCAAUAGUAUGUACGAACCAAGGAGAUGGAUCGUUCGUACUCAAGGAAGACGUUCCGAUUGUGGAUACAAAUCCUUUGGCCAUUCCAAGAUUCGUUUAUGAAUGCGUCGCCAGUAUUUCCCCAGAGCAGGGAUUUACUCCUGGCGUGUUUUCAAUUGUGAUUGACAGGAAUUCUGACUGCGAAGGGCUAAUUGGUGAGAUUCACAAAGCCAUCAUCAUGGAGGGCGAGCGAGAGUUAGUUCUACUCUGUAAGAUUCCCCCGUUGGAUCAGGUGCGGAGAUUACAGUUCAAUUCGGUUAACCUGUUCGCUCGAGAGAUAGACGUUUACGCCAAUCUGUUGCCAACAAUGUUCGAAUUUCAGCGACAGAAGGGAGUAACGGAUGAGUUGGACACCGGUUUCUUCAAUGUUCCCCGCUGUUUGUUAACGCGCUUCGAUAGUGCAAGCGAAGAAGCGCUGAUUCUAAUGGAGGAUUUGCGCACUCGGGAUUUCGUUCGAUGGAAUAAGCUGGAACCGGUCAACUACGAACACGCACGAAUGCUGAUGAUACAGUUGGGUCGCUUCCACGCGCUUUCGUUGGCGAUGAAAGAUCAACGGCCGGAUUUGUUCGAAGCGUGCAAGGUUCCCGAUCAAAUGGUUCCGGCUAUGCAGGAAAACGAACAACUGAUGGAGAUGUUUGGAGCUGCGCUUGAUUCUGCUAUUUCUAUCUUGGAUCCGGAGGAUGCCAAAGCCAGUUUUAAAAUGAACGGAUUGCGAAACGAUUUCCUAGCGGUAUUGGAAAGUUGUGUGGAUGCUGAACGGGCUGAACCCUAUGCCGUGUUGAAUCAUGGUGAUUGUUGGAUAAACAACCUUCUUUUCAAGUAUCGGGAUGGUGUACCACGAGAGGUUGUAUUGUUGGAUUGGCAGCUUGCUCGAUACGGAUCUCCAGCAUUGGACUUGUUGUACUUUUUGUUUUGUUGCACCGAUAAACCAUUCCGCGAUAACCAUUACGAUGAAAUGGUACGGAUCUACUACACAGCACUGAAGAAGCUACUGGAGGAACUGGGUAGCGAAGCGACGGAUGUCUUUCCGCUAACGGCACUGUUGAGACAGUUGAAAACGUUCGGCAAGUUUGCGGUUAUUAUGACGGCACUUGAUGUGCCCAUUUUGUGUACCGAUCCGGAAGACGUACACAACCAUGGCGAUGCGGCGGCUGCUUUCUCCUCCUCUACGGAGGCCCAGCAGCGAUACGCAGAUCGAAUGAACGGUGUGAUAAAGGAUGCAAUGAAAUACGGAUAUCUGUGAAGUUCUAGGAGCAGGAAGAGUCGGUGUUAACCUUUGAGCAAUUUUUGGCUACUAUCUGUCGGCGAUAUCUAAUCAGUAUUUUGGAUUUACGGUUACGACAUAGCUUUCCUCUGCUUUAGCGACAGAAUUAAAAUGAAAAUGAUAAGUAAAGCCUUCACGGAUGACUAAUACGUGGUAUUUGAUUUACUGAUUUUACUGAA